UUGUCGGUUUCGUCCGGACAGAUCAGGAGACUUCGGCUCCGCUCGGAGGAACAGCACCGGACUGUAUGGUGGAGAACCGUUUAACAGAUUUACCUUUUUCUGGGGACCGGCUGUAUGAUUAAGCUACAAUCUUCAAUGAGUAAGCAUAUCCCACAGUUCUGUGGUGUUCUGGGUCACACAUUUAUGGAGUUUCUGAAGGGCAGUGGGGACUACUGCCAGGCUCAGCACGCUGCCUAUGCAGACGAGUGAACAGCCAAACUCGCCAUCGAUCCGACGCACUUGAGCCACAGGAGGGACCCCGGAAAGUUGGCAGGACCGGGACGCCUCCCAGAACCAGCGACAACUCGGCCUGGAUGGGGUAACUCCACCCGCUGCACACUGCCCUCGUCGGCUUCCGCCUGGCCAGAAUCAAGGUGGAACCAGCCUUGUUUUUUUUUUUUCUUCCUUUUCUUUUGUUUUAUUCCUGAGGGGAGGGUUUUCAGUUGCUUUUCUGAUUGUCCGACCUUUUUCGGCCGCCAACUUCCCAAAUUUCCCCGUUUGCCUGUCGCAGCCUUCGUUCGUUUUGUUUUUUAAGCCUUUGCCAACCUCGAAGAAGACCGGAGGAUUUUCGUUUCUGGGUUUCUGGAAGCUCGUUGGACAUUUGUGUUUGACAUUCCCUCCGAGUUUAACUAAGUGUUUACAUUAGUGUUUUUACUCUGUGGAAGACUUUUAGGUUUCGUUAUAUAUAUUUUUUUUUACGUUGUCACAAUGGCUCGAAUGAACAGACCGGCCCCUGUGGAGAUCACCUACAAAAACAUGAGGUUCCUCAUCACCCACAAUCCCACCAAUGCCACCCUGAACAAGUUCAUCGAGGAGCUGAAGAAAUACGGAGUCACCACCGUAGUGAGAGUUUGUGAGGCCACCUAUGAUGCCACCCUGGUGGUGAAAGAGGGAAUCCAGGUUCUGGAUUGGCCGUUCGAUGAUGGAGCCCCUCCCUCCAACCAGAUCGUGGAUGAUUGGCUGAACCUGCUGAAGCUGAAGUUCAGGGAGGAGCCCGGCUGCUGCAUCGCUGUCCACUGUGUGGCAGGACUGGGGAGAGCUCCUGUUCUGGUCGCACUCGCCUUGAUAGAAUGUGGGAUGAAAUACGAAGAUGCUGUCCAGUUCAUUCGACAGAAGCGUCGAGGAGCGUUCAACAGCAAGCAGCUGUUCUACCUGGAGAAAUAUCGUCCAAAGAUGCGCCUGCGCUUCAAAGAUUCCAACGGCCAUCGCAAUAACUGCUGCAUCCAGUAGAGCCAAGCCCUGAGCCACUCCAGCCCCCAACUACAGAAGAGUUCAAGUCAACCUUGCUAGCUUAUUACCUGGCAGGCUUGUUUUCUUAGUCAUUGUGUUGAAGUAUUUUUAUUUGGAAAACCAUGCGCGGUAAUUCAACCUAAUUCCCCUCUCCCUCUUCAGGUUCAAAAUCAAGUGUCAAAAAAAAAGGAAAAGAAAAACGAGUUGUGUGAACUGGGAUCAGUGUUUCUUCUUCAUGUGCCCGUUAAAAAGAAAUGAAUAAAAAAAAAAUGUAGGAAGGGCAGCGCUGAGUCGUGUGUCAUUGUAAGAUGUUGGAUUAAUUGUUUUUCUUCAUCCCAAAGAUUUUGAUUGGCCAGUGCGUUUAUAUUGUUUGAGAAUGUGCUGAGAAAAAAAAAAAGACGUUUCUAAUUUUGCGUGAGAAAUUAUUUCUCCCCUCCCCCGUUCAAUUUUAGGGUUCCGUGUCCCGACUGACUAGAAAGAGGUAUGCCUUCCGUGAAAUCAGAUGGUUCAUCCAUAAAUGCCUUACAAUCGAAGUGGAACAAAGGCAAUCGAGGUGGGAGUCGUCUCCCGCUGGCAUUUGGAAAAGGUUUCAUUUUUCUACUCGGAAUAAACAACAAAAAAAAAAAAAAAAA